CCUCCUUCCUCCUCGCGCCUCCGCCUAUACCUGUCGCCCCUGCCUCACUCUUCCUUCCAUUGGAGGCAGGCUAAGCUGUUGCCGCAGCACCGUGUUGGUCAGGAGCAGAAAUGGAUUCCAGGAUCUCCCUCCUCUGCUUCCUCGUCCUCGCCUUCUCCCUCCUGCACUGCGCCAGAUCUGACGGCAACGAUGCUCAGCUUCUCAAGGGCAUCAACAGCUACAGGUCCUCGCUCAAGGUCCCGGCACUGACGGAGAACAAGAACGCGGCGUGCCUCGCCGAGCAGCUCGCGAAGCAGUUCAAGGGGCAGCAGUGCACCAACACGACGGGCGCCAACACCGUCAUCGGCACCGAGCAGCAGUUCCCGGACUACCCCAAGUACCUUGACCACUGCCACCUCAACGCGUCGGUGACCGAGGACGGCCAGGUGAUGCCGGCGUGCGUGCCGGGGCUCGUCCCCGGCGUCGUGCUCACCAACUACACCAAGUCGCAGUACAACCGGUUCCUGAACGACAGCCAGUUCUCCGGCGUCGGGAUCGCCAACGAGGGGGACUGGGUCGUCGUCGUGCUCAGCACCAGCACGGGCUCCGGCGACUACUCGCCGGCUACGCCGGGAUCCAACUGGGCCGCUCCGGUCCAGCCGUUCAGCCUGAUGAUUCUUUUGUUGGUAGGAUCUGUAGUUUUGCUGAUGAAGUGAGAGGUUGAUCGUACUGAUACACACCACGAAGAGAGUAACAGCAUCUGUGUGGCUCAUUUUGUAUCAUUCAAAUUUCAAUUGAACUUGGUCUCAUCGCCAAGUUAAAAAGUUUUACUUGAAAGAGUGAUUACGAAACUGAUUUCCUUAA